AUGCUCGCAAGGAGGGGUCACUCACAAACCGCAUUGCAGAGCGACAAGAAGCUGCAGGACAUCCACAACAGUAACCACUUCUCGACCGCGUCGGACCUGACGCCAACCGCCUCCAUGAUGGGUCAAAUCAGCCCGCUCCUACAGCUACCUUCGCCACCAGCCGGCUCAUAUAACAACAACUACCUUUAUGCCGAUGCGGACCACUACAUUGAUGCCCAGACCUCAGCAUCUCAAAGCCCCAUAAACUCACAAUAUGACAUGUCGUCUUACGUCCAAGAUUUCUGCCUCGGAGAUGUUUAUCCCAGCCCCGAAGGCGACUGUGAUGCCGACUCUCCACAGCCACUCGAAGGAUCAUCUACAUCACCAUCGGCAACCCCAGAAUCAAAGGCACCCGCAAAGAGGAAACGGGAGAACCGCUACAAGAACGCGCCUCCUUCAGUGCUAUCGCGCCGGAGAGCUCAGAACCGAGCAUCACAGCGCGCCUACCGCGAGCGCAAGGAUCAACGCAUAAAGGACCUUGAGCAGAUGCUCAACGACUCAAAACAGCGCAACGACCUUCUCAGUCAAGCCUACCAGAACCUCCAUGGCGAAUACACCAAGCUGAGGACAGCACAAGAGCUGAUGGGCGGCGACCGGAAUACAGCAGCAGCCACAUACGACUUUUCAUCUUUCGACCCCAGCUCGUUUGACCUGUCGUCAAUUUUGGGACCAGCACCCAGCACAAGAGGACUUGACAUUGGCUUGUACGCCUAUCCAGACAUUACAAGCUAUGGCCACAUCUGA